AUGGUGACAAUUUUAGUAAUUAUAAUAGGUGGUCUUGUACGCAUCGGACAAGGUUAUACUGAAAAUUUAAAAAAUACCUUUGAUGGUACAACAAAUAAUCCAUUACGUAUUUCACUUGCUUUCUAUUCAGGCCUUUGGGCCUAUGGCGGAUGGGCAAGUUUGAAUUCGGUGACUGAAGAAAUUAAAAAUCCGAAAAGAAAUUUAUGGCUGUCAAUUGUAGUGGCUCUUUCAUCAGUAAUUGUUCUAUAUCUUCUCACCAACAUAUCCUAUUUCACAGUGAUGAAUAAAGCUGAAUUGCUUAGUUCUGAUGCUGUAGCUAUGACAUGGGGAGAAGCUGUGUUAGGUCCUGUUGUUCGUGCAUUGCCUAUUCUGGUUUCGUUUAGUGCAUUGGGCAGUGCCACUGCAACGAUUUAUUCUUCUGGUCGUUAUUUUAUGGUAGGCGCACGUUAUGGAUAUCUACCUGAAAUUUUUUCUUGUAUUCAAAAACAACGAUUAACACCGUUGCCGAGUAUUGUGCUCAUGACAAUUCUUAGUAUUAUCUAUUGUAUUCCCACUAAUAUUGAGGAUUUAAUCGAUUUUGUCAGCUUUGUUGCUUGGGUCUUUUUUGGACUGACAUUUGUUGCCACUAUUUGCUGUAAAUUUACGAAGGCAGAAGCCUAUCGAGUUAUUAAAGUACCAAUACCUGUAAUUAUUUUUAUGAUAUUAGUUUCUAUCUAUCUUAUUAUUGCACCUGUUAUAUCCAGCCCAAAUAUUGGAUAUCUUGUUGCACUUAUGAUUGUGCUUGUCGGUUUGAUAUUCUACUAUUUGUUUGUUUAUCGUAAAAUACAACCACAUCUGAUGAAAAAAAUCAACAUAUUUCUUCAAAACUUUCUCAAUUUAACAGUAUCAACAGUCAACAUUGAAGCAUAA